GGAAUUUCCGGAAACACCGACGGUGGCGCAUGCGCUUUGCUCUCCCGGCAGCAGCGGAGCUUGAACCCUCUGGGACACUGUAGAACGAAGUGGGAAGAUGGCUGCGCCCGUGCUGAGAGGCCUGGGUUCGGCUUGGCUGAGGAGUCUGAGGAGCCAGGGGGCGUGUGAUUUGGGGUUGCUCUCAUCAAAUAAUGUUUUGCCUCUGCCAUAUAUCCACACAAGUGCUUCCCUUGACAUAUCAAGGAAGUGGGAGAAGAAGAAUAAAAUAGUUUAUCCUCCACAGCUGCCAGGAGAGCCUCGGAGACCUGCAGAAAUUUAUCACUGUCGAAGACAAAUAAAAUACAGCAAAGACAAGAUGUGGUACUUAGCAAAACUGAUAAGAGGAAUGUCCAUUGACCAGGCUGUGGCCCAAAUGGAAUUCAGUGACAAGAAGGGGGCAAAAAUAAUCAAAGAGGUUCUCUUAGAAGCACAAGACAUGGCAGUGAGAGACCACAAUGUAGAGUUCAGAUCCAAUUUGUAUAUAGUUCUUCCUCUGGAUGUGGAUAGUGUUCUUUCUCAUAAGUCCCUCAGAAUUGUCCUGGAUCAUUGCAUUGCUGCUAGUAGAGAAGUCCAUUGCAUUGCUGCUAGUAGAGAAGUCCAUUACAUUCAAUUGUACCACAGUGUAUAUCAGUCUCUGUGUACGGUGUCCUCCUGGGUCUGUUCCUUUUACUCUGUAUCAUCAAUUCCAAUUGAAUUCUUCCAGUUCAUUAUUCUUUUGAGCACAAUAGUAUUCUAUCAUCAACAGAAACCACAAUUUGUUUCCCAAUCGAAAGGCAUCCCCUCAUUUUCCAAUUUUUUGCCACUACAAAGAGCCGUGACUAUAAAUAUUUUUGUAUAAGUCUUUUUCUUUGUGAUCUCUUUGGGGUAUUAACCCAGCAGUGGUAUGGCUCAAUCAAAGGGCAAAUUGUCUUUUAAAGCCCUUUGGACAUAAUUCCAAGAGGCAAUUUAUUUCUGAAAAAGAAAUUAUAUUUGAAUGUAUUAGUUUGGAAAGGGAACUAAGAGAAGGCCAGUAUUUUGGGUGACUGGAUUUCUUCAGAAAAUUGAACUAAACAAAUGUAAUUGUAUACUAUUUAAAAGACUCGUGCAUUUUACAGCUCUGAACAGGAUGUAGCAUGUGAGAGGCAUUGUGUAGUGGAACAUAGUAGGUACAUAACAAAUGUUUAUUGAAAGAGUACCAUACCAGCCAUGAGUCAGGAGAUUGGGAAAUAAUAGUUUCAGGCCUUGGUAAAUCAUUAUGGGACUCAAUUUUCCCAUCCAUUAAUAUUAAGUGACUUGAUUCAAUUAGAUAUCUUUUAAGAUAUUUCUUUUAGCUCUAACAUGUUCUUUUCUAUUUUAGGGAACUAUGUAAUUUAUAUGUGCAUAUAUUUGAGUAUUCAUUCAUAGUAGCAUUCAUGAACAUAUCCUGCAGUGAAUGACCAAUCAGCAUAUAGUUUUUUCAGAUCUGGUAGUUUUUCAGUCAACAAGAAUUUGUUAAGUGUUUACUAAGUGCCGGGCACUGUGUUAAAUGUUGAGCUUACAAACACAGUAAAAGAAAUCUGUGUGUUGAUAAACUGAUUGGGCACAGGUCAUUAAAAAAAAAAAACAAAAAACCCAACACACUUCCCUUCCAUCUUAGAACCAAUAAUACUGUGGAUUCCAAGGCAGAAGAGUGGUAAGGGUUAGGCCAAAGGGGUUAAGUGAUUUCCCCAGUGUCACAUAGCUAGGAAGUGUCCGAGGCCAUAUUUAAACCCAGGAUCUUUUAUCUCUAGGCCUGGCUUUCAAUCCACUGAGCUGUCUAGCUCUGCCCCAUUCACAGGUCAUGUUUUGGAAAAGGAUAUGUGGAGUAAAGGAACAGGAAAGGGUGGCUUGACAGGGGAUGUUUGAAUAACUUAUUGUUCUAAGUGCAUACAUCCUUAAUACCAAAAAAUUAAAAUCUUCAUGGCAUGUUAGUAUUUGGUUUGUGUUGUUACUUAGAUUAAGAGUGAAGGUUCACAUGAUCUGGAGGAGAGUAACCCAUCAUGGGGCAGAUUAUCAAACCUUGCCAUGGGCCCACAGAUAUCUUGUCUCAGUUCUGAUGUCUUGUAAACAUUCAUUUUCUAGUCACACUGAGAUAAGGACACUGAAUCCUAUGCUGCUGCUGAAUAGAAAACAGUAGCAUCUUCUAAAGUUGACUCUUUUUCUUCCCCU